AUGUCAGGUCGAGAAAAAACUCAACCGUCUAACCCAGAUGAACAAAAUCAAAAAAGAACUCGCAAAGCGAGUGCAAUGCAAAGAAUCCGAAAACGAGUAGCCAACAGAGAUCCGGCAGCAGUUCUUGUGUUCGAAAGGAAGUUGCUAGUAGCAGCCACAGCUGGACUGAUCUUAGCUUUUAUUUUGUGGACAGUAGCUGUUAGUACAGACUUUUGGUUCCAUGUGUCCUCAUCAGAUGGCACUCCUAUUUAUAUGAACAGAACAAAUUCGUUUUUUGUCAGAAGCCACUCUGGACUUUGGACUAUUUGCAAGUACAUUCACGCAAAUGGAACUUUGACAAGUUUGGCAUCAAAGAACUGUCACAAUCAUCGACUCUUCCCUACAACAGAAUUCUUACAAAAGAACCCUGAAGUCGAUAGAACAAUUUUAGAUUAUACAAGAACAGAAACAGCAUUUGCGAUCAUCAGUUUUUGCCUCAUUGCAAUGGGUUUUGGCUUCAGUGUCUACACAUUUAAGGAGCCAAGAUAUAUGUUCAAAAGAUUAGCAGGCGUCGUGCAUUUCAUAUCAGCUGGUGCCGUUUUGGUAGUCAUAGAAGUAGUAGUUAAUUCAGUGCAAUAUGAAGAGCAAUUCCUACAAGACAGACAUCCAAAAGGAGCAAUUUGGUCCUAUGGAUAUUCAUUCGCCGUCGCUUGGAUGACCUUUGUCGUUUUAGUCGCCUGUGGAGCUACCUUUCUCAUUUGUUCCGGAAAGAAAAAAGGGGACCGAGCUACCCAAUCGAACGAUGACGAGCCGCAUAUUCUAGGAAGGAUGUAG